CUUCGCCGUCCUUUUCCAUUUAUCAUAUUUUGUUCCUUCUCUUAUUUUCCUCUUCUGAGUCAAUCAUGGACUAGAAUCAAACUCAUUUUCUUCUUUUCCCUCAAAGGAGAUCAUAUGUGGAUCAACAAGUGAUCUUGAAGGAAAAAAAAGAUGAAGAGAAAGCAUUACUUUGAGUUUAAUCAUCCAUUUAAUCCAUGUCCUUUCGAGGUGUUCUGCUGGGGAACAUGGAAGGCCGUGGAGUACUUAAGAAUCGAGAAUGGAACGAUGACGAUGCGUCUCUUGGAAAAUGGACAAGUGUUGGAUGAUAUAAGACCAUUUCAGAGGCUUCGUCUUAGAUCAAGAAAGGCGACUUUGAUCGACUGUACUUCUUUUUUAAGACCCGGUAUCGAUGUUUGCGUUCUCUAUCAGAAAGAUGUCACUUUGGAUGAAGAGACUCCAGAACCGGUUUGGGUGGAUGCAAGGAUAUUAUCUAUAGAGAGGAAGCCUCAUGAAUCUGAAUGCUUGUGUACGUUCCAUGUUAGUGUUUAUAUAGACCAAGGCUGCAUCGGUUUGGAGAAGCAUAGAAUGAAUAAAGUUCCGGUACUAGUGGGACUCAACCAAAUCGCCAUCCUCCAAAAGUUUUGUAAGGAACAAAGCUUGGACCGCUACUAUAGAUGGAGAUACUCUGAGGACUGUUCUUCGCUGGUGAAAACAAGACUAAACCUGGGGAAGUUCUUGCCUGAUCUUACAUGGUUGCUUGUUACAUCGGUUUUGAAAAACAUUGUGUUUCAGAUCAGAACAGUUCACGAGAAGAUGGUUUAUCAGAUUGUGACUGAUCAAGAUUGCGAAGGCUCUAGUAGCUCUUUGAGUGCAAUGAACAUCACGGUCGAAGAUGGUGUUUUCAUGUCUAAGGUGGUUUUGUUCAAUCCAGCUGAGGAUACUUAUCAAGAGAGUGAUGUAAAGGAGGAGAUUGAAGAGGAGGUAAUGGAGCUGCGUCGGUCCAAGAGAAGAAGCGGGCGGCCUGAGAGAUACGGGGACUCUGAGAUUCAGCCAGAUUCGAAGGAUGGAUGGGUAAGGAUGAUGCCAUAUAGGUACAGUACAUGGACUGUUUCAAGUGAUGACGAUGACGAAGAAGAUUGUGAUGAUGAUAGAGAUACCGAUGACGAUUUAUACUUACCGUUAUCGCAUUUACUUGGAAGGAAAGGAAGCACAAAGGGAUUAAGUAAGGAUAAGCAAAGAGAGAUUGUUUUAGUAGACAAAACUGAAAGGAAGAAGAGAAAGAAAACAGAGGGAUUUGGUCGAAAUUGUGAGCUUUCGGUUAUUCCUUUCACUCCGGUCUUUGAACCUAUACCGUUGGAACAGUUUGGUCUCAAUGCAAAUAGUUUGUGUGGUGGUUUCUCUGGAAGUCAUUUGAUGGAUGAGAUCGAUAAGUAUCGUAGUAAAGCAGCGAAAUACGGGAAGAAGAAGAAGUUAGAAAUGGAAGAGAUGGAAUCUGAUCUAGGUUGGAAUGGACCCAUUGGCAAUGUGGUUCAUAAAAAAAAUGGACCGCAUUCCCGAAUAAGGUCCGUUUCUAGGGAAACCGGAGUUUCUGAGGAACCGCAGAUUUAUAAGAAGAAAACGUUGAGCGCAGGCGCGUAUAACAAGCUGAUAGACUCAUACAUGAGUAGAAUUGAUUCUACAAUUGCAGCCAAGGACAAAGCAACCAAUGUUGUUGAGCAGUGGGAGGGGAUAAAGAACACUGCAACCUUUUCUAUUGAAGCCGAAGAAAGGUUGAGUGAGGAGGAUGACGAUGACGGAGAGACGUCAGAGAACGAGAUGCUAUGGAGGGAAAUGGAACUAUGUUUGGCUUCUUCUUACAUUCUUGAUGACAAUGAGGUGAGAGUGGAUAACGAGGCGUUCCAUAAAGCAACCGGUGAUUGUGAACAUGAUUAUGAAUUGAAUGAAGAAAUCGGAAUGUGUUGCAGAUUGUGUGGUCAUGUAGGAUCUGAGAUAAAACAUGUCUCUGCACCUUUUGCGCAGCACAAGAAAUGGACCACGGAGACUAAGCAAAUAAACGAAGAUGACAUUAAUACUACUAAAGUGAACCAAGAUGGAGUUGAGAACCAUACUUUCACUAUACCAGUUGCUUCCUCAGAUAUGCCCCCGGCUGAAGAAAGUGACAAUGUUUGGUCUCUAAUACCUCAGCUUAAGAGAAAACUGCAUUUGCACCAGAAAAAAGCUUUUGAGUUUCUCUGGAAGAACUUAGCUGGGUCAGUGAUUCCCGCGUUGAUGGAUCCGAGUUCAGAGAAGAUAGGUGGGUGCGUGGUUUCUCAUACUCCCGGAGCAGGCAAAACAUUUCUGAUCAUAGCUUUUCUCGCGAGCUACUUGAAGAUAUUUCCGGGUAAAAGGCCAUUGGUUCUUGCUCCAAAAACAACGUUGUACACAUGGUACAAGGAGUUCAUCAAAUGGGAGAUUCCGGUCCCUGUUCACUUGCUCCAUGGUCGUAGAACCUACUGUGUGUCCAGAGAGAAUACCAUUCAGUUCAAGGGAAUUCCAAAACCGAGCCAAGAUGUUAUGCAUGUUCUUGACUGUUUAGACAAAAUCCAGAAAUGGCACGCACAGCCGAGUGUUCUUGUAAUGGGUUACACGUCGUUUCUGACAUUGAUGAGGGAAGAUUCUAAGUUUGCUCAUAGAAAAUACAUGGCUAAAGUACUGAGAGAGUCUCCUGGAUUACUGGUUUUAGACGAGGGACAUAACCCGAGGAGUACCAAAUCGAGAUUACGAAAGGCCUUGAUGAAAGUUGAUACUGAUUUGAGGAUACUGCUUUCGGGUACAUUGUUUCAGAACAACUUCUGUGAGUACUUCAACACUUUGUGCUUGGCUAGACCCAAGUUUGUUCAUGAGGUUCUUGUGGAGUUGGACCAGAAGUUCCAGACCAACCAAGCUGUGCAAAAGGCGCCUCACUUAAUUGAGAAUAGAGCUCGGAAAUUCUUCCUCGACAUUAUUGCCAAGAAGAUUGACACAAAAGUGGGCGAUGAGCGCUUGCAGGGUCUCAACAUGUUGAGGAAUAUGACCAGUGGUUUUAUCGAUAACUAUGAAGGGAGCGGAAGCGGAAGUGGUGAUGUUCUCCCAGGUUUGCAGAUUUACACAUUGUUGAUGAAUUCCACUGAUGUACAGCACAAGAGUCUUACCAAACUUCAGAACAUAAUGUCGACUUACCAUGGAUAUCCACUCGAGCUCGAGUUACUCAUAACGUUAGCAGCUAUCCAUCCUUGGUUGGUCAAAACCACUACUUGUUGCACCAAAUUCUUCAAUCCUGAGGAGCUUUUCGAGAUUGAGAAGCUCAAGCAUGAUGCAAAGAAAGGAUCAAAAGUCAUGUUUGUGCUUAACCUAGUGUUCCGGGUGGUCAAGAGGGAGAAAAUCCUAAUCUUUUGCCACAACAUUGCGCCGAUCCGCCUGUUUCUUGAGCUAUUUGAGAAUGUUUUCAGGUGGCAGAGAGGCCGAGAGCUCCUGACCUUGACAGGGGAUCUCGAGCUGUUUGAAAGAGGCAGAGUGAUAGACAAAUUUGAAGAACCAGGAGGCCAGUCCCGUGUUCUGCUGGCUUCGAUCACAGCCUGUGCAGAAGGCAUCAGUUUAACCGCUGCUUCACGGGUGAUCAUGCUUGAUUCGGAGUGGAAUCCUUCUAAGACAAAGCAAGCAAUCGCACGUGCGUUCAGACCAGGACAGCAGAAAGUGGUGUACGUUUACCAGCUCUUGUCUAGAGGAACACUUGAAGAAGACAAAUACAGGAGGACGACCUGGAAAGAGUGGGUCUCAAGUAUGAUUUUCAGUGAAGAAUUUGUGGAGGACCCAUCUCAAUGGCAAGCUGAGAAGAUUGAGGACGAUGUUCUUAGAGAAAUCGUGGAAGAAGACAAAGUCAAAUCCUUCCAUAUGAUCAUGAAGAACGAGAAAGCUUCAACAGGUGGCUGAUUGCGGAAGUUUUACAGUUCAAGUUUCUGUUUCACCAUGCCUUUGAUGAUGAUUCUUUAACAGCUUGUUGUAUUGUAAUAUAAAACUAAUCCGGUAUC